AGGGAAGUUACUGAAGCAGGACACCUGGCUUACAGGUGACCAGUCCCAAGUCCUGUAUCCUUUGUUGAGUGCUUCGCGAUAUAUGCACGCUCGUAGAGCUGGAUACAUAAACCUGCGUUGCCGGCUUCCGUUGCUCGGCUCGAACAAUCUCUAAGAGCUCCGCCAAUGUCGUUGCGACUACUUCCGACCCCAAGCACGCUUAGCUACAAGCGGUGUCAGACAUCUUACUAUGGCCCCGCUACGCAACCGGGCACCGAAAGUGAGAGCACUUCCUACUCACAGUUACCUCGAGCGAGUGAAUCUCGGCUACAUGAGGGUUCCAAUCAGCGGCCACGGCUUCCUAGUCUCAACGACCUCUUCGCAUCCAAGCUUCUUAUCAAUCCCGACAAAGUAGAGACGCUGUCUUCUGUAGGUGGCCUGCACGUUCCGGUCGCCAGUCAACCGACUUGUAAGGUUACCGUCUACGGCUUGCGUCGAGGUUCCUACCACAUAUACAAGGACGGCUACCCGUUGCCCGCGCACAUCUUUCUGGAUGCUUUGAACCUCUCUCAAAGAAAAUAUCCCCGCAAGAGGCUACUUGUGGCGUGUGUCGCCUGUCGGAAGAAGAAGAUCAAGUGCGAGCCAGGUCCAAAUGCCUGUCUGCAGUGCAAAAAGGGCCGGAGGGAGUGCAAAAUAGAACCCACGAAGCGUCGAACUAAUAAGACACUCGACUCCACGUCCCGGGCUGCGGAAAACCCGGUGGAAUGUCCUUCUUCUUACGACUCUCUAUUUCCCGUCUCUGAUGAGCAAGGGAGCAACUUCCGCGAUGGACUUCGAGCACAUGGCUCUAGUUGCGAGAUCGCAACCGACACGACACGAUCCAGUUUGCGACUGCUGCUAGAUUCUACCUCAUGCUCCGACGUGAGGCCGGAAAUCUACGAGCCAUGGCUCCCGAAAAUGGCUUCAAUUGCUGCAAACCCAUAGCUUGUUCGCAGGAUCGACUCAGCACACGGUGGUACCAUUCCAGCUAGGAACACUCACCUGCUGCUUCCCAGUGUGCCAUGCCGGUGAAUUCAUCUCCCCUCCGCCAAGUAUGCAUGUUGCUUCAACCGCUUUAAGGAAGCAUGAAAGAGUGCAAUGU